UGGAAGUACCUACCUAGGUCCUAGAUUACCUUAAGGUACGUACCCCCUCUCUAGCUUCAAUCUUUUAAUAAUUUUUCCGGGGUUUCAAUUGAUUCGAUUGACUUUCUUGCACUCUUCAAUUUGUGGUGUGUUAUCGACAUCCUCGUCGGCAUGGCGAGCAAAGGCGUAAGGUGUCUCAACGAGGCCCUCAAGGGUCUAAGCUUAUCGUCGCAAACAUGCAGAGAAGCCGUUUCACAUCGGAUACCGUCGUCGACGUUUACUCGAUCGAUGGCGACGGAGGCUCCUCUACCUAAAAUUACCACCUCGGUAGAAGCAGACUCGUUAUGGAGACCAGCAACCACGGUUCCCCUAACCAUCUUCAACUUCCCGUCCUUCGAGCCGCAGCGCCUCGAGUCCUGGUCCACGAAGCACCUGAACCUACCGCUGCGGCGCGACAUCCUGCACCUGGCGGUCGUGUACGAGGGGGACAACACGCGGCAGGGCACGGCGUCGACGAAGACGCGGUGGGAAGUCGCCGGUUCGCACAAGAAGAUGCGGCCGCAGAAGGGAAGCGGCCGGGCGCGCCUGGGCACGCGGCAGUCGCCGAUGCUCCGGGGCGGCGGCAAGGUGUUCGGCCCGAAACCCCGCGACUUCGGGACCAAGCUGCCGCGCAAGGUGUACGACCUGGCCUGGCGCACGGCCCUGAGCUACCGGUACCGCCGGGGCGAGCUCGUCGUGUGCCAGGACGGCAUGGAGCUGCCGCUGCCCUCGGAGUUCGCCGACCUCGUCGCCGCCGGCGCCCUCCAGGACGAGCUCCAGCGCACCUUCAAGGCCAAGUGGGUGCGGCAGGUGCUCGACGCCAACGAGUGGGGUAGGCGCUGCGGCCGCAGCACCUUCAUCACCACGUCGCCCAGGCACAACCUGUUCGAGGCCCUCGAGGAGGUACCGAAUUACGGGCGCGCGCUCGAGAUCGACGACGUCGACGUCAAGAACUUGCUCGAGACGGGCCGCUUGGUUAUAGAGAGGGAGGCGCUCAAGGAGCUGAUCGAGAGACACCAGAGCGAUCUGGUCGCGAGAGUGCACGUUACCAACGUCGUGUUGCCAAAGGCGCCGGAAAGUGGCAAGGUGCUAGUAGAGUAGGUAGGUAGGAUAAAUCCACAUAGGGCAGCUGGGGGGUAUUGAUCUCUCAUUGUAAAUAUCUGGCUGUACAUUAUUUUGAUGCCUUCAUCGCUGCCUUUAGCAGGACCCACUAGUCCCGCGUACAAACACCGUCAAAAGUUAUUGUGACUAUUGUUUGGAAAUUCUACGACCAAGUCUAGCAUUUGUAAACUUUCCCGUACUUUAGUAAUAAGAGGCUCUAUAUUAGAG